AUGAAAAGAACCCUCUCGUCCGAUCAGCCUUCAAUCCUCCAAUGUUACAUGAAGGAAGAAAGUUCUCUGGAUAUCCCUACAAGCAAUCCGAUAGAACCUCCAUUCAAGAAGGACAAAAAACAUUCGACAGCCUUUGCAAAAUUGAGAGAUUAUGAUCCCUUUGUAUUACAGAAAAUAUUUUCAUAUUGUCAUCCCGUAGAUAUGACCAACUCUUUAAUGAUGGUUUGUUCGGAAUGGAAUGAAUGGUAUUUUCAAAAGAAGCAUUUUCAAGGAUUUUUGAAAGAAUGGCUUUUGGAAAGAUGGAACCAUUUGAUUCGGGAUUUGAGUCCAUCACACCAGGCCGAUGAUACUGCGAAUGAAUUAGUGCCAGUAUUUUUAACCAAGUUGAAGGAUGAAACAUGUUGUGAAAUUUCAUUACUGAAAUAUGCAUUGAGAUGGUUGAAAUUGUUUUUCGGUGCGCAUCCAUUUGGAAGGAAAGGAGAGUUUGUGUACGUUAAUGAAGCGUUUGGUGAAGAGUAUAAAGAUCACAAAUCGGAAAAUGAAGAUCAGUACGAAAUAGAAGAUGAAGAUGACGAAGAUGACGAAUAUGACGAAGAGGAUGACGAAGAGGAAGAGGAGUGGAUUUCGAAACAGGGACCAUCAAAUUCUCGUGGAUGUAACUUGGAAAUAAUUUUUACAAACUAUUCCAUUCUGUACAAAUUGAAAUGGAAAGAUGGAUUCUUUACAAUUUUUGACAAUGACGGAGGUAAUAUUGUCAAUAUCAGGAAAAGUGGUAAGAGGGAUGUUGAGGCUAAUUUUUUUGGAGGUUUUUAUUAUCCUGAUCUUGAGAAGUGUGUUUAUAGAAGGACCGAUUAUUGGAUGAGUUUUAACAAUUAUGACAAAGGAAUUUUUGGACGCCAAUUGAGCCACAUCUUGAGUUUGUGGAAUAUAUUUGACAGUUAUUGCAAUGCCAUGAAUUUAAUGGAAAUCCUUGAAAUAGAAGGUACAAAAUUGACUAGACGUAAUUAUAUCGACUACAACUGGAAUUCAGGAGAAAUUAAGCAGCUUCCAUGGGAAGUUAAUUACGGAAUAACAACUGGAACCUCUAGUUUAUACAGUGGUGACGAAUAUUGUGACAUUCCCACAAUUAUGGACGAUCGAUGUUUUGAAGAUUUUUCCUUUUUUGUAGCCACGCUGAGAGCUCACAAUGAUGCUAUGAAGUAUUUGCUAAAAGUUGCCCCUUCCCAUUUCACAAAUAAUGAGGCAUUAAUUCCAUUCUUGAAAUAUUCCAAUUCUGCCUUCAAAUAUCUACAUGAAUCACUGAGACAUGAUAAGGACAAAUUACUUACGAUGUUAAAACAAAAUGGAAACAUUUUGAAAUAUUUAUCAUCCACAGAGUAUGAAAAUAUUAUUACUAUUGAUAAGGAUUUAGUUGUGUUUUGUGUCGUGCACGGCUGA